UGCUCACAGAUAUAAACUAGUAAAUACCACUUGUCCUUGAAUACUGACUGCCUUUCCACCGUGAAUAGCCUCAUCAACGCGUGCUACAGAUUCGCUAUGACAUCCGUUCGUGUCAUCCUUGCUAUAUUCGUGUGUCUUGCCGCUGUUCAUAGUUCGAUGCAGGACGAAACUGAGGCAAAGAAACGAGAAGAGCUAUUACAAUUGGUUCAAAAACUGGAGUCUACACUUAAACGUGAGGCGAAGGAUAACAUACAAAACAACGARGAAUUACUGAGUCAARAAACRGAAAGACAAGCUAAGCUUAARCGAGAAAAGMAAGAAGAAAUYAAAMGAAAACAGCAAGUAGAGGAAUUUCGACGAGAAGCUAAAAUGAGGAUUGAUGAGUUAAAAAGAGAAGCAGCGAAUAAGAUCGAGGAAAAAAUCGAGCAAGAAAAGAGAGAACACGAAGAAAAAUAUCAAGAGGAAACAAAACGACUUGCCGAAGAACUCUCCAAGAUKACGCAGGAUGAAGAUGAGAAUAUUCUCAAAAGAAAWGGUGCGUGCGCCAACAGACUCAAGGGAAAWAAGUGUCAACUGCUAARGUGGUUUCGAAAAAGCUGCAACAGUGYUCAAAUGAAAAGAGAUUGUAAAGCAUCAUGCGGAAAGUGUUAAGACUAUUAUCAUCUUUAUAAUCCGGCUCUUUUUCGUGUUUUUAAAGCCUGCAUAACAUGUGGUAUUGUACCAGUGCUUCCAUUCACUUGAUGACAUCUCAAGGGACUGGUAACCA